ACCACUCUCCGCGGCCAUGUUCUCUGAAUCGUCAGAAGAGAUGAGACGCAUAGUUCAACUACCAAUUCCAAACAGCGGCGCAGCGUGUCGUCAGCGUCUGACCGAGUUUCGGGAUUGGCUAGGAUGGGCAGUAGCAGAUCCAAUCAGCAAGCAGCGCGCGCACAUCUCCCCCACCUCGCUCGGAGUACGCAAAGCUGAGGCGACCCGAAGGCUAGGGAGCUGUGUCUCUCAGACGGCUGAGAAAAUCACAAAGCACAUGAAUCAGCAAGGAUUAGAUCCAGAUAGCAGUACAGAUAUGGAAGUUGUUGCAGAUACUGAAGAAGAACUUAUUAAAGAGUGUGAAGAAAUGUGGAAAGACAUGGAAGAAUGUCAGAAUAAAUUAUCGCUUAUUGGAACUGAGACACUCAGUAAUUCAAAUGCUCAGCUAUCGUUAUUAAUUAUGCAAGUGAAGUGCUUGACAGCUGAACUCAGUCAGUGGCACAAAGAAACACCUGAAAUAACUCCCCUGACUGAAGAUGUUCUGAUAGCAUUAGGGAAAGAAGAGUUCCAAAAAUUGAGACAUGAUCUUGAAAUGGCACUAUCUACUAUUCAGUCAAAGAAUGAAAAAUUAAAAGAAGAUUUAGAAAGGGAGCAGAAAUGGUUGGAUGAACAGCAACAAAUAAUGAAAUCUCUUAAUGUACUAUACAGUGAAUUGAAAACUCAGGUUGUGACAUUUUCUGAAUCAAGAGCCUUUAAUGAACUCAAAACUAAAAUCAUUAAUAUAAAACAAUUUAAAGAGAAACUUUUGAUUACCUUGGGUGAGUUUCUAGAAAACCAUUUUCCUCUGCCAAAUGGAACUGUCAAGAAGAAAAAGAAAAACAUUCAAGAAGCAACUGCACAGGUGAUUACACUGCAUGAAGUGUUAGAGAUUCUUAUAAAUAGAUUAUUUGAUGUUCCACAUGAUCCAUAUGUCAAAAUUAGUGAUUCCUUUUGGCCACCUUAUAUUGAGCUGCUGCUGCGUAAUGGAAUUGCCUUGAGACAUCCAGAGGAUCCAACCCGAAUAAGAUUAGAAGCUUUCCAUCAGUAAAAAGACAGUCUUUUUUCACACACUAAAGAAUCUUGUCAUCCAAAGAUAAUGGGAAUUUAGGACUGUUUCAAUAAGGAUUAUUAUUUGCAAAUCAAAGUAGUAGUCCAUCUUUCUUUUAUCCUUAGAUGACACAUACUGCCAUUUAUUCAUUUUUAAAGUGGUCUUUUCUGAUUCAUUCAAUUUUUUGGUGUAUUAAACUAUAUGGACAAUAAGUAAAACAUA